UCUACCCCUUCUUCUUCUAAACAACAAUCAUUCCAGCAAAUCCGUAGCCAAGCUAUGAGUCGAGGCGGUAAACUUGCACCCGAGGUCAAUCGAGCUUUGUUCGUCAAGAAUCUAAGCUACAACGUCACACCAGAGGAACUCUUCGACCUCUUUGGCAAGUUUGGGCCGAUCCGCCAAAUCCGCCAAGGAAUCGCAAACAAUACAAAGGGUACAGCGUUCGUCGUCUAUGAGGAUGUGAUGGAUGCCAAACAGGCUUGCGACAAGUUGAACGGCUUCAACUUCCAAAACCGAUAUCUCGUCGUGCUUUACCACCAACCAGACAAGAUGGUCCGAUCGAAAGAAGACCUCGAAUCUCGUAAGGAGAAUUUAGAGCAGCUCAAGAAACAGCACGGUAUCGAAUGACAACAAGACGGGCCUGCGGAUCGGUCAUCUCACUGUCGACCUCGAAACGCGGUAUCAUACAACAAAGGCUCCAUGGGCCCGUCUACACAUCUGUCCGGAAGGAAGGACAGCAACAUCUCUGCCAAUGGGAAAGGGGCGAAUAUCGGGCGUCGUCGUUCAAGUACUUCUGUUGCUCAGAACACAUCUUUCUUUGGGUUCGUCAAGGGCUGGUUUUCGAAAUAAGGCGUUCGGGGGACGGAUUCGAACUGCGAAUAGCAGUGCGAAUGGUGGUCGGAUGUCUCAAUGACAAUUUGCCUGAAUUGCUCGCGGUCUUCUUUUCCUGGUCAUCACUUCGUGAUAGCUUGCCAAAUUGAUUACAUUUGCUUCUGCCUCACAGCGGAGCAUUUACAAGCACCGAA